AAACAACAUGUUUAAAAACACGUUCCAGUCGGGGUUCCUCUCGAUACUGUACAGUAUAGGCAGCAAACCGCUUCAAAUCUGGGACAAGAAGGUACGGAACGGGCACAUCAAGCGCAUCACCGAUCAGGACAUACAAUCGCUGGUGCUGGAAAUCAUCGGAACGAACGUGAGCACCACGUACAUCACCUGUCCGGCCGAUCCGAAAAAGACGCUCGGCAUCAAGCUGCCGUUUCUGGUGAUGAUAAUAAAAAAUCUCAAGAAAUACUUCACGUUCGAGGUGCAGGUACUGGAUGAUAAAAAUGUCCGUCGUCGGUUUCGGGCCAGCAACUAUCAGUCGACAACACGGGUUAAACCAUUCAUCUGUACGAUGCCGAUGAGGCUGGACGAAGGUUGGAAUCAGAUCCAGUUCAAUCUGUCCGAUUUCACACGCCGGGCGUACGGUACCAACUACGUGGAGACGCUACGCGUACAAAUACAUGCCAACUGUCGAAUACGGCGCGUAUACUUCUCCGAUCGGCUGUACUCCGAGGACGAACUACCAGCCGAGUUUAAACUGUUCCUGCCGAUUCAAAAACCACAGUCGAAAGCGAUCGCCCAGCAGGCUUGCUAGGUUGCUAAGGGUGAUUUUCUAAGCAAA